AUGUUCAUUAUAGGGUCAAAACUUUAUGUCUUAUUCGAGCAUGCUGCUGGCUAUGCUGUCUUUUUUGUCAGAGAAUUUGAGGAGGUAGGAAUGUUAUUGCCUCAAGUUGAAGCAUCUGUCACAGAUUUAUCUCGCUUUAAUGCAGUUGUAAAACUAAUUGGUUUUUCACCUUUUAAAACUGCUUUAGCAGCUUUAGAAAGUAUAAAUAAUAUUUCUGAAGGUAUUGUGCCAGAAGAUUUACAGUUAUUCUUGGACUCAUGUAUACCAAAAGCUCGAAAGAAGGACAAGAUUGUGCUGGGUGUAGCAGACCCAAAACUUGGAGCUAGCAUUAGUGAAACAUUAGAUAUAAAAUGCGAUCAUACUGGUGCCAUUCCAGAAAUCAUUAGAGGAAUCAGAUUUCAUUUUCAUAACUUGGUAAAAGGAUUCACUGCUAAAAGUUCUGGAGUUGCACAACUUGGACUUGGUCAUAGUUAUUCUAGAGCUAAAGUUAAAUUUAAUGUCAAUCGAGUGGAUAAUAUGAUCAUACAAAGCAUAGCUUUGUUAGAUCAAUUGGACAAAGAUGUUAAUACAUUUAGUAUGCGUAUAAGGGAAUGGUAUAGUUAUCAUUUUCCAGAACUUGUAAAAAUAGUUCCUGAGAAUUAUAUGUAUGCCAAAGUUGCACAAUUAAUAAAAAACAGAAAAGAACUUACAGAUGAAAAAUUAGAAGCUUUGGAAAAUGUUGUUAUGGAUAGUGCUAAAGCUCGAGCAAUUAUUGAUGCAUCCAAAUCAUCCAUGGGAAUGGAUAUCAGUCCUGUUGAUCUUCUUAAUAUAGAAAUGUUUGCAGCACGUGUUAUUGCUUUGGCUGAUUACAGAAAACAAUUAGCAGAAUAUUUGAAAUCUAAAAUGGCAGGAGUAGCACCGAAUUUAGCUACGUUAAUUGGCGACCAAGUAGGAGCUAGAUUAAUAGCACAUGCUGGAUCUCUUACAAAUUUAGCUAAAUAUCCUGCUUCUACUGUACAAAUUUUAGGGGCGGAAAAAGCCUUAUUUAGAGCAUUAAAAACAAAAGGUAACACACCAAAAUACGGAUUAUUGUUCCAUUCAACUUUUAUUGGUCGUGCAGGUACAAAAAAUAAAGGUAGAAUUUCAAGGUAUCUUGCAAAUAAAUGUUCUAUAGCAUCAAGAAUUGAUUGCUUUACCGAUAUACCAACUAAUGUGUUUGGUGAAAAAUUGCGGCAACAAGUAGAAGAUAGAUUGAAAUUCUAUGAAACUGGAGAAAUACCUAGGAAAAAUAUAGAAGUAAUGAAGGAAGCAUUGGAAGAGGCUGCACAAGUAAUAGCGAGUUUAGAACAAGAACCAUCUAAAAAGAAAAAGAAAAAAGAUAAAAAACGAAAAAGUGAAGUCUUAACAAAUGGAAAGGAGAAUGGAGUACAAGAAGAAACUGAAGAGCCAGUAAAAAAAAAGAAAAAAAAGAAGUCGAAAGGUUUAGAUGAAAAUGAAUAA